GCUCUACACGCGAUAUUUUAUGCACUACAAGUAUAAGCGUAGAUGGUAUGUAGUGAGGUCACGAACGUUCUACCCUAGCGGUUUUUUUGACAGGCAGUGCGCAAAACGACCGGCAGUUUACAAGCGGCCGGCAGUGUUUUUUAACAAAAAAAAUUUUCAAUUAUCAAGCGGCCGGGGCGUUUGCGGCAAAAUAGCCCGGGCGGAUUCUAUCGAUUCCCGCUUGAUAAAACGACGCAGGGGAGCCGGCAAAAGGGGCGCCCUUCUGAGGCGCCCACCGCCUUAGUUUCUGGCGAUUUGCGGCGCCCAAAAAUGGGCGCCCAAAAAGCAGCACUCCGAAAAAAACAGAGAAUCCGCAUGGUAUGGGCCUCAUUUUUCCCCACAUUCGGACCGCGCAAAAGACGCCUUCAAAAUCCGCCAUUUCAGAGGCGGACUGAAGACGAGAAGAUGCAGCAUUUUGCCAAAAAAAAACAAAAAAAACAAAGUCCGCCAAAAGCAAAAAGCCAAUCCGAAUGCUAUGGGCCCGAUUUGGGGCUCCCAAGGGGCCGACCCUGGCGUGGGCCCUGGCGGGGCCAUAGCAUGUGGGGAAGGUUUUUCGAUUCGAAACCAAAUGGGGGCCGCCUCUGGAUUGAGAUUUUUAGCGACCGCCGUGCCGUCGUGCAUAACAUUACUCGCGAUGGCAUGGUGGGCAGAGAAGUUGCGUCCUUUUUUGGCGUGAAGACAAAAAGACCGCCAUGACCUCACUACCUCCGCGGACGCGGCUAUUAUUGGCAUUGGUAAGUGCUGGAGCUGGUUGAAAGUGAUGCAUGACUUGAUCACCCUUUACAACGUAUUCGUAUUAAUCUUGACACCAACUGCUGCUGUUGCUAAUGUCAUCAUGGAGCAACUUCGUUUUUUGGUUAUACUUAGUUUAUCAGCGCUGGUGCUCGAGUACGGAUCUACAUAUGUGGACUGCGCUGAGGCUGACCUCCCGAUGUGUAAGAUAGCAUUGCAGCAAUUAUGAGCAUGAGUUAGAUUUUUCGCUUAUCGCGGACCUCGCUUUAUUUUACCAAUUAACAGUACUACACACGAGACAAAAUCCCAGGAUGCCCGAACAGGUCUUUAGCGCUCGUUGGGCGAUUUUCGUUUUUAUUUUUUUCUCUUUCUCUACUUUUAUCUUUUUCUGGUUUCACACGGGUAAGAAAAUUUCUGAUUUCCAGAGAUUACCGUGUCCGUAUGCGUCAUGAUGAUUUGUACUUGUCAAUGAAAAAGAAACGUGUCAGAUUUUGCUUUUCGCGUCAUACAUUGUCAGUGACACAAGAGGACGCAUCGCUACCGACCGACCAAAUCAAAAAUGCUUUUACACAACUACAAUAUGUAUGAUCAUAGAUUCAUGGCACAAUAACAAUAAGGUUGCCGCACACACAAUUGACAAUUCGCAUGUUGAUGUUACAUGUCACAUGGGUACCAACCACUGAGGUCAGUGGCACUGACCAGAAGUUUCUGGAUCUUUUAUCCACAUGAAAGUCAGCUCCUGAAAGGACGCAACUCAUUGUAGAGCCACCACCUGCAGCAU